AUGGCCCUAGUUCUGUGGGUCUUGGCUCUGCUGAGCUCGGUCUGCUCCACGGGGGCCAACAUCUUUGAAUACCAGGUGGACACACAGCCCCUGCGCCCAUGUGAGCUGCAGAGGGAGGAGGCCUUUCUGAAGAGGGCAGACUAUGUGCCCCAGUGCGCUGAGGACGGCAGCUUCCGGACCGUCCAGUGUCAGAACGGUGGCGGGGCCUGCUGGUGUGUGGGGGCCGACGGCGGCGAGAUCCCGGGCAGCAGGCGGCCCGGGCGGCCGGUGUCUUGCCUGUCCUUCUGUCAGCUGCAGAAGCAGCAGAUUCUGCUGAACAGCUACCUCAACAGCACGGCCAUGUCCUACCUGCCCCAGUGUGAAGACUCAGGAGACUACGCACCCAUCCAGUGUGACGUGUGGCAGCUGCAGUGCUGGUGUGUGGACACGGAGGGCAUGGAGGUGUAUGGGACCCGCCAGCAGGGCCAGCCAGCGCGCUGCCCCAGGAGCUGUGAGAUCAGAAACCGCCGCAUCCUCCACGGAGUUGGGGACAGGUCACCCCCGCAGUGUUCCUCAGAGGGGGACUUCAUGCCCGUCCAGUGCAAGUUCGUCAACACCACAGACAUGAUGAUUUUCGAUCUGGUCCAGAGCUACAACAGGUUUCCAGAUGCAUUUGUGACGUUCCGGUCCUUCCAGAACAGAUUCCCUGAGGUGUCUGGCUAUUGUCACUGUGCUGAUAGUCAAGGGCGGGAGCUGGCCGAGACAGGUCUGGAGCUGUUACUGGAUGAGAUUUACGACACCAUUUUUGCUGGGCUGGACCUCGCCUCCACCUUCACGGACAGCACCCUCUACCGGAUACUGCAGAGGCGGUUCCUGGCCAUCCAGUUAGUCGUCUCUGGGAGGUUCCGAUGUCCCACCAAAUGUGAAGUGGAGCGCUUCGCAGCGACCAGCUACGGUCACCCGUACGUUCCAGCCUGCAGCCGGAGCGGGGACUACCGGCCUGUGCAGUGCCAGCGGGACGGGCCAUGCUGGUGUGUGGACACGCGAGGAAAUGAGGUCCUUGGGACGUCACAGACAGGAGGGCUGCCAUCGUGUGGUGAAGACCGGUCUUGUGCAUCAGAGAGGCAGCAGGCCUUGUCUAGACUCUACUUUGGGCCCUCUGGCCACUUCAGCCAGCACAGUUUGUUCUUUUCUCCUGAGGAGAGAGAGAACUCUCAGAGAGUGGCCAGAUUCUCUACAUCCUGCCCACCCCUGUUCAGGGAGCUCUUUGUUGAUUCUGGCCUUCUCCGUCCCAUGGUGGAAGGGCAGGAUAAACAGCUUCCUGCCUCACAAAGUCUACUCAAGGAGGCCAUCAGAGCAGUUUUCCCCUCCAGACAGCUGGCACGUCUGGCCCUACAGUUUACCACCAACCCCAAGCGACUCCAGCAGAACCUCUUUGGAGGAAACUUUUUGGUGAAUGUUGGCCAGUUUAACUUGUCAGGAGCUCUUGGCACAAGAGGCACAUUUAAUUUUAGUCAAUUUUUCCAGAAACUUGGUCUUUCAGGCUUCAAGGAUGAAGAGGGAUUUGUGGGUGUAAUGAAACAGCUGUCUGUGGGACCUGAAUCAAACCUUGGCAAGGAAACCACUGAUGGCUCUGAUAAGGCUAUGAAUUUGCCAAUUAUAGGCAGCUUUGGCUUUGAAGUUAACUUACAGGAGAACCAAAAUACUCUGAAAUUCCUAGCUUCUCUCUUGGAUCUUCCAGAAUUCCUUCUUUUCCUGCAGCAUGCUGUUUCUGUGCCUGAGAAUGUGGCUGAGGACUUAGGGGAUGUGAUGGAAAUGGCACUUAGUGCCCAGGCCUGUGAGCAGCCACCCCAAAAGCUGUUUGUCCCAGCAUGCACAGCAGAAGGGAGCUAUGAGGAUGUCCAGUGCUCUGCUGGAGAGUGCUGGUGUGUGGAUCCCCGGGGCAAAGAACUUCCUGGCUUCAGAGUUACAGGCACACGACCCAGGUGCCCCACUCAAUGUGAAAAGCAAAGAGCACAAAUGCAAAGUCUCCUGAAAAGCCAAUCUGCUGGGUCCAGCCUACCUGUCCCUGCUUGUUCCAGUGAGGGGCAUUUCCUACCUGUUCAGUGCUUCAACUCUGAGUGCUACUGUGUGGACACUGAGGGACAAGCUAUCCCUGGAACUCAAAGUGUAACCGGAGAGCCCAAGCAGUGUCCUACACCGUGCCAGCUGCAGGCAGAACAAGCUUUCCUGAGGACAGUGAGGACCCUACUCUCUGAUUCCAGCCCACCACCCGCUCUGACCAGCAUCUACAUCCCACAGUGCAGGGCUGAUGGGCAGUGGAGACGCGUGCAAUGUGAUGGGCCCCCAGAGCAGGCCUUCGAGUGGUACCAACGAUGGGCAGCUCAGAGCAGCAGUGGCCAGGAGCUGACCCCUGCCCGGCUGCUGAAGGAGAUCAUGAGCUAUAGAGAAGUGGCUUCCAGAAGCUUCCCCCUCUUUGUCCAAAGCUUGUAUGAGGCUGGUCAACAAGACAUCUUCCCAGUGCUGGCGAGAUACUCUGCCUUCCGGGACGUCCCCCCGGCCGUGCUGGCAGGCGAGCUGACCCAGCCUGCGGGGAGCACCCUCCUGGAGCCCUACCUCUUUUGGCAGAUCCUCAGAGGCCAGCUGCGCCGCUACCCGGGGCCGUACUCGGACUUCAGUGCCCCCUUAGUCCACUUGGACCUUCGGAGGUGCUGGUGUGUGGACGAGGCUGGUCAAGAAGUGGACGGCACUCGGGCCGAGCCAAGUGCGGUUCCAGCAUGCCCUGGCUCCUGUGAAGAAGCAAAGUUCCGAGUCCUGCAGUUCAUUAAGGAAACAGAAGAAAUUGUCUUGGCUUCCAACAGUUCAAGGUUCUCUCUGGGGGAGAGCUUCCUAGCCGCCAAGGGGAUCCAGCUGACCAGUGAGGAGCUGUCCCUUCCCCUGUCCUUCUCAGCCCGGGAGACGUUCUCUGAGAAGUUUCUGACGGGGAGUGAUUAUGCACUUCGCUUGGCUGCCCAGUCGACCGUCGCCUUUUAUCAGACACGUGUCUCUUCCUUGGCUGGAUCCGGCACCCUUCUGAGCAGUGGCCCCUAUGUGCCCCAGUGUGAUGCCUCUGGGAGCUGGGCACCCGUGCAGUGCCAUGCAAGGACCGGACACUGCUGGUGUGUGGAUGGGAAGGGCGAGUAUCUCCCUGCCUCCCUGGCUGCUCGCUCCCCACGGAUGCCCCAGUGUCCAUCGACCUGUGAGAACUCCAGAGCUAGCGGACUGAUUGCCAGCUGGAAACAGGCUGUGUCUCCUACAAACCCAUCUCCACAAGACCUGUUCAUCCCGACCUGCCUGGAGACAGGAGAGUAUGCCCGGCUGCAGGGCUCCGAGGCUGGCACGUGGUGUGUGGACCCAGCGACGGGAGAGGGCGAGCUGGAGCUCCAGGCUCUGGACGGCCGUGGCCAGUGCCCGAGCCUCUGUGAGGGGGUCAAGAGCAGAGUCCUUGAACAGAGAGCUGGCCCAGGCUACGUCCCCGUCUGCAGGGCAGGGGAUGGGAGCUUCUCCUCGGUGCAGUGUGAACCGGCCACUGGCAGCUGCUGGUGUGUCCUGACCAGUGGAGAGCAGGUGCCCGGGACCCGAGUGACUGGGAGCCAGCCUACCUGUCAGAGCCCGCUGUGCCCACUCCCGCUCGGCAGAGCUGAUGUUGAUGGUGGGACGAUCCUGUGCGAGGAGCCCUCGGGACAGGGAGCUGCUGCCGCCCAGAAGUGCCAGCUGAGGUGCCGUCAGGGCUACCAGAGUGCCUUCCCGCUGAGGCCCCUGGUGUGCAGCGUGGAGAGUGGACGCUGGGAGGCAGAGCCACCCCUGCCCCAGGCCUGUCAGAGGCUCCAGCCGUGGCAGACCGUGCAGACCAGAGCACAGUUCCAGCUUCAGCUUCCGCAGGGCAAGAUGUGCAGUGCUGACUACGCAGGCCUGCUGCAGGCCUUCCGCACCUUUCUGCUGGACGAGCUGACCGCCCGCGGCUUCUGCCAGAUCCAGGUGAUGACAUUCGGGACCCUGGUUUCCAUCGCUGUGUGUGACGAGUCCACUGUGCAGGUGGAGUGUCUGACCGUGGAGCGACUGGGCGUGAACGUGACGUGGCGAGCUCGGCUGGAGGACAUCCCAGCGGCCUCGCUGCCCGACCUGCACGACGUCGAGGAGGCCCUUGUGGGCAAGGAUCUCGUCGGACGCUUUGUAGAUCUGAUCCACAGCGGCGAGUUCCAGCUACAUCUAGAUUCCAAGACAUUCCCCGCUGACCCCUCCAUCCGCUUCCUCCACGGGGACAGCUUUGAUACCUCUCCCAGGGCAUGGUUCGGGUGCUUGGAAGGAUUCCACAGCGUCUCAGCCAUAAGCACGGACUCAGUGGGUCAGGAUUCACCAGGAUGUGUGCAAUGUCCUGAAGGAAGUUACUUCCAGGAUGAGUUGUGUGUUCCCUGUCCUGUGGGAUUCUACCAAGAGCAAGCAGGUAGCUCUGCCUGCGUCCCAUGCCCUGUGGGCAGAACGACCGUGUCUGUUGGAGCUUUUAGCCUGACUCAGUGUGUCACCAGCUGUCAGAGGAAUGAGGCAGGCCUGCAGUGUGACCAAGAUGGCCAGUACCAGCCACAGCAGGCAGACAGCAGCAAUGGGAAGGCCUUCUGUGUCGACCCUGAGGGGCAGAAACUGCCUGGGCUGGAAACAGAAGCCCCUCUCACUGAGUCUCAAUGCCUGAUGAUGCGGAAAUUCGAGAAGGUUCCAGAAUCUAAGGUGAUCUUCAGUGUUGAUGCUCCUGUCAUGAUCAGGUCCAAAGCACCUGGUUCUGAGUCUCCACUGAUUGAGUGUUUGACAGACUGUGCGGAAGACGAGGCCUGUAGCUUCCUCUCUGUGAACACAGCAGGACCAGAGAUCUCAUGUGACUUCUACUCAGGGACGAAUGACAGCGUUUCCUGCAUGACUUCUGACCAGGGGGAAAAUGCACUGGGCAACUUGAUGGCCACCAGCUUCAGAAGUCUUACAUGCCAAGUGCGAGUGAGGCGUGGGGAUCAAGCCUCUCUGGGCGUGUAUUUGAAACAGGGGCAACAAUUCACCACUGCAAGUCGGAAAAGGUUUGAGCCAACUAACUUCCAAAAUACGCUCUCCGGAAUGUACCACUCCUCCGUAUUCUCGGCCUCUGGAGCCAGCGUCACUGACGUGCACCUCUUCUGUCAACGCACCUGUGACCGGGAUCCCUGCUGCGAUGGCUUCAUCCUCACUCAGGCCCCAGGAGACUCCAUCAUCUGUGGCCUACUGAGUUCCCCUAAUGUCCUGCUUUGCAACAUCAAUGACUGGAGAGCUGUUCCUGAAGCCCAGCCCGCUAAUGCCACAUGCCCUGGUGUGACCUACGACCUGGGCAGUCGCCAAGUGACCUUGCGUCUGGGAGGUCAGAAGUUCGUCAAGAGUCUGCCAGCCCCGGAUGGAACUCAGGAUAGCCUUUCCCGUUUCCAGCGGGUUUAUCUCUGGAAAGAUUCUGACAUGGGGUCUCGGGCUGAGUCCAUGGGAUGCAGAAGAGAGGCGGCACCAAGGUCUAUGUCACCAGCAGAAACAGAUUUGGUGACAAAGAGUUUCUUCCCAGUGGACCUUAGCCAGAUCACUGUUAAUGCAAGCCGACAGCUGCCCAGCCAGCAGCACUGGCUUUUCAAACACCUCUUCUCGCCCCAGCAAGCAAACCUGUGGUGUCUCUCUCGCUGUGCCCAGGAGCCAUCCUUCUGUCAGUUCGCAGAGAUAACAGAUGGUGCACCUUUGUUCUUCACCUGCACCCUCUACCCCGAGGCCCAGGUGUGUGACGAUGUGUUAGAGUCCAGUCCAAAGGGUUGCAGAGUGAUCCUGCCCCACAGACCCACAUCUCUGUUCCGGAAGAAAGUCAUGCUGGAAGGUAAAGUGAAGAACUUCUAUGCUCGCCUGCCCUUCCAAACACUCAUGGGGAUUUCCAUUCGAAGUAAAGUGCCCAUGUCCGAAAAAUCCGUUUCUAACGGGUUCUUCGAGUGUGAGCGGCUGUGUGAUGCUGAUCCCUGCUGCUCUGGUUUUGGAUUUCUCAACGUCUCCCAGCUUAAAGGAGGAGAGGUGGCGUGCCUGACCCUUAGCAGUCUGGGGCUUCAGACAUGCAGCGAGGAGAACGGGGGAGCCUGGCGCAUUUUAGACUGUGGAUCUUCUGACACUGAAGUGCGCACCUAUCCCUUCGGAUGGUACCAGAAACCUGUUUCUCGAAAUGGUGUUCCUGGUUUCUGUCCCUCACCCGCUCUGCCUCCCCUCGCAGAGAACGUCUCUCUGGAUGCAUGGCAGCUGCUGACCUCCUCUUCAGUCAUUGUUGAUUCGUCCAUCCAGCACUUUGACGUGGCACACAUUAGCACUGCUGCCGACAACGACUUCCCUGCCGCCAGAGACCUCUGUUUACUGGAGUGUUCGCGUCACCAGGCCUGCAUCGUCACCACUCUGCAUCCCCAGCCUGGGGCUGUGAGGUGCAUGUUCUAUGCUGACACCCAGAGCUGCACACACAGUCUGCAGAGCCAGAGCUGCCGCCUGCUGCUCCGGGAAGAAGCCACCUACAUCUACCGCAAGAAGCCAGACACUGCCCUGUUCAGUCUCGAGGCAUCUUCACCUUCAGUGUCCAUCACCACCCAUGGCCGCCUGCUGGGCAGGUCUCGGGCUGUCCAGGUGGGCACUGCCUGGAAGCAGGUCAUCCAGUUCCUUGGAGUGCCGUACGCUGCCCCACCCCUGGCAGAGAACCGCUUCCAGGCUCCGCAGCCCCUGAACUGGACCGGCUCCUGGGAUGCCACCAGGCCUCGGGCCAGCUGCUGGCAGCCUGGAGCCCAGACGCCCUCACCUGGGAUCAGCGAGGACUGCUUGUACCUUAAUGUAUUUGUCCCUGAAAACCUGGCCCCCAGUGCCUCGGUGCUGGUCUUCUUCCACAACACCCUGGAGGACACAGGGACAGAGAGGCGGCUGGCCGUCGACGGUUCCUUCCUGGCUGCUGUUGGCAACCUCAUCGUGGUCACUGCCAGCUAUCGCGUGGGCAUCUUCGGCUUCCUGAGCUCUGGGUCCAGCGAGGUGAGCGGGAACUGGGGACUUCAGGAUCAGGAGGCAGCUCUGACCUGGGUGCAGAAGCACAUUGGACAGCUGGGCGGGGACCCCAGGCGUGUGUCCUUGGCAGCGGACCGCAGUGGCGCUGACGUGGCCAGCAUCCAGCUUCUCACCUCCAAGGCUGCAGAUGCCAGACUCUUCCGAAGGGCGGUGCUGAUGGGGGGCUCUGCCCUCUCCCCAGCUGCUGUCAUCAGCCGGGAGAGGGCUCGGCAGCAGGCCACUGCUCUGGCUCGGGAGGUGCGCUGCCCCACGUCACCUGUCCAGGACCUGGUCUCCUGUCUCCGUCAGAAGCCUGCUAACAUCGUCAAUGACGCUCAGACCAAGCUCCUGGCUGUGAGCGGUCCUUUCCACUACUGGGGCCCUGUGGUCGACGGUCAGUACCUCCGGGAGGCGCCAGCCAGGACGCUGCAAAGAGCCCGGCGGGCGAAGGUCGAUCUGCUCAUCGGCAGUUCCCAGGAUGAUGGACUCAUCAACAGAGCUAAGGCCAUCAAGCAAUUUGAGGAAAGGCAAGGGAGAACCAGCAGCAAAACCGCCUUCUACCAGGCGCUGCAGAAUUCCCUGGGUGGUGAGGACGUGGACCCGGGCGUGCAGGCUGCUGCCACGUGGUACUACAACCUGGAGCACUCCACGGAUGACUACGCCUCCUUCUCCCGGGCGCUGGAGAAUGCCACGCGAGACUAUUUCAUCACCUGCCCCGUGAUCGCCAUGGCCGGCCACUGGGCACGGCAGGCCCGAGGGAACGUCUUCAUGUACCACGUUCCCAGCAGCCAGGGUCAUGGCAGCUUAGAACUGUUGGCGGACGUGCAGUAUGCCUUCGGACUUCCCUUCCACCCCGCCUACGAGGGGCAGUUCACUCGGGAGGAGAAGAGCUUGUCCCUGAAGAUCAUGCAGUAUUUUUCCAACUUCGUCCGAUCUGGGAACCCCAACUACCCCCACGAGUUCUCCCGGAGGGCCCCUGAGUUUGCAGCUGCCUGGCCCGACUUCCUCCCCUCCAAUGGUGGAGAGACUUACAAGGAGCUCAGCUCUCUGCUCCCCAACCGACAGGGCCUGAAGAAAGCCGACUGCUCCUUCUGGACCAAAUACAUCCAGGAGCUGAAGGCAUCAGCAGCUGGAGCCAAGGGUCAGCAGUUAGCUGAGAGCGGAGAGGAGGACUUGCAGACAGACUCUGGGCUGAAAGAAGAGCUGUUGGACCCAGGCUCCAAGACCUACAGCAAGUGA